AUGGCGAUCUCAACUAAAAGAUCGGAAUCAGUGUUGAUUCUAGCAAACGUGACUAUGUUCCUAGCAUUGGUUGUGUCGGGUCCUAUCAUAGCUGAAGCUGCACGUGCCUUUUUCGUGUUCGGCGACUCGCUCGUCGACAGUGGCAACAACAACUAUCUGGUCACGACUGCACGGGCCGAUUCUCCACCGUAUGGGCUUGAUUUUCCAACUCGGAGACCAACCGGCCGGUUUUCCAACGGUCUUAACAUUCCAGAUCUCAUCAGUUACGUUUGCUUACUAAUCUCAUUAACCGGUGAAGCAAUCGGCAAUGAAGAGUCGCCGUUACCGUACCUUAGUCCGGAGCUAAGGGGACGUAGACUACUUAACGGUGCCAAUUUCGCGUCAGCCGGCAUUGGUAUUCUCAACGAUACCGGAUUUCAAUUCAUAAACAUUAUAAGAAUGUACCAACAACUAGCCUACUUCCAACAAUACCAACAACGUGUGAGCCGCUUGAUUGGGAUACCACGAACACAACGGCUCAGGUUACAUUCGCUUGGAGUUGGUCGAGUUCUAGUGACCGGAGCGGGACCACUAGGAUGUGCACCGGCUGAGCUGGCGAGAUCGUCCAGUGGGAGAUGCUCGGCUGAGUUACAACGAGCUGCGUCUCUAUACGAUCCUCAGCUAACACAAAUGAUAAAUGAUCUUAAUAGGAAAAUUGGGAAAACUGUUUUUAUUGCAGCAAACACUAACCAAAUGCAAAUUGAUUUUAUAAGCAGUCCACGAAGAUUCGGUAAUUGA